AUGAGGUUCCGACAUGUGUCCUUUUUGACGCUCGUUUUGUUGGGACUGUGCGGGCUGGUCUCGCUGUCUUGGUACACCGCCUUUAGCAGCUCCAGAGGAGAUGCGGUGGACAUCUACCAGAGAGAGUUCCUGGCCUUGAGGGAACGCCUACGCUCGGCCGAGCGGGAGAACUUGCGGCGCUCCAAAGAGCUCAACCUGGUCCUGGAUGAGAUCAAGAGGAUCAUCGCUGAGAAACAGGCCCUGCGGGACGUCAACAGGACCUGGAGCAGCCUCUCCGAGGAGACCAGGAUGAAGUUGUGGAACGUCAGCGCUAGCAAGAAUUACCUUCAACUUCCCUCCGUCCUGAAUCAUCUUCCUCACCUCAUCAACAGAGAAGACAGCCUGCAGCCCGCCGUCCACGUGGGACAAGGACGCACCGGAGUUUCCAUAGUGAUGGGCGUCCCCAGCGUGAAAAGGGAGGUGCACUCCUACUUGGCGGACACGCUCAGCUCUCUGAUGUCACAACUCAGCGCCACCGAGAAGGACGACUGCGUCAUCGUCGUCCUCGUCGCCGAGGCAGACCAUCAGUACGCCCUGAGUGUGGCCCAGAACCUUCAGCUCCUUUUCCCCUCAGAGAUCCAGUCGGGCUUGUUGGAGGUGGUCUCACCGUCUCUCCACUUCUAUCCGGACUUCUCCCACCUCCGCGAGUCCUUCGGAGACCCCAAGGAGAGAGUCAGGUGGCGCACCAAGCAAAACCUCGACUACUGUUUUCUAAUGAUGUACGCGCGCACCAAAGGGACAUACUAUGUGCAGCUAGAAGACGACAUCGUGGCGCGACCCUCCUACUUGAGCACCAUGAAGAACUUUGCCUUGCAGCAGCCUUCGGAGGAAUGGAUGAUUCUGGAAUUCUCUCAGCUGGGUUUCAUCGGGAAGAUGUUCAAGUCUUCUGACUUGUCUCUGAUCGUGGAGUUCAUGUUGAUGUUCUACAAGGACAAACCCAUCGACUGGCUACUGGAUCACAUCAUGUGGGUCAAAGUCUGCAACCCGGAAAAGGAUGCGAAACACUGCGAUCGACAAAAAGCCAACCUGAGGAUUCGCUUCAAGCCGUCGCUCUUCCAGCACGUGGGAACGCACUCAUCGCUCGCCGGGAAAAUACAGAAACUCAAGGACAAAGACUUUGGCAAGCAGACGCUCCGCAAGGGACACGCCAACCCGCCGGCUGAGGUCAGCACCAGUCUCAAGACGUACCAGCGUUAUACACUGGAGAAGGCCUACCUGGGGGAGGACUUCUUCUGGGCCUUCACCCCCGCGGCAGGCGACUUUAUCCGGAUACGCUUCUUUACGCCCGUGAGGGUCGAGAGGUAUUUCUUCCGUAGCGGGAACGCGGAACACCCGGGAGACAAACUAGUCAACGCGUCAGUGGAGGUUCUUCCGUUCGACAACAUUCAGGCUGACAGAGAAGCUUUGGCGGACAGGAAGGACAUAAGCCACAAAUACCAUCGCACAGAAGAUGGAUUCAUUCCCAUUGGAAUGUUCCAGAAAGGCAUCGCAGAAGGUGAGGUGGAUCCCAAUUUCGGACCCUUGGAGGCCAUCCGCCUGACGGUCAUCAGCGACUCUCCAGUUUGGAUCAUCCUCAGUGAGAUUUUCAUCAAGAAAAUGGAUUGA